CGGCCGUCAUCGACGACCCGCUUGCUUUCCGUUACUCGGCUGUUCUCCGGUACGCUGUGUGUCACUGUGCUCCAUCACCAUGGUUUUGCUGACAAUGAUCGCUAGGAUUGCGGACGGACUGCCGCUUGCCGCUUCCAUGCAGGAGGACGAACAGUCCGGCCGCGACCUCCAACAGUACCAAAACCAGGCCAAGCAGCUCUUCCGUAAGCUCAACGAGCACUCGCCCACCCGGUGCACGCUGGAGGCCGGGCCCGUCACCUUCCACUACGCCAUCGAGAAAGGGGUCUGCUACCUGGUGCUCUGCGAGGCGAGCUUCGCCAAGAAACUGGCAUUCGCCUACCUCGAGGACCUGCAGGCCGAGUUCGACGAGCAGCACGGGAAGAAGGUGUCCACGGUGUCCCGGCCGUACUCCUUCAUCGAGUUCGACACGUACAUCCAGAAGACCAAGAAGUCGUACAUUGACAGCCGUGCCCGGCGCAACCUGGGGAGCAUCAACAGCGAUCUGCAGGACGUGCAGAGGAUUAUGGUGGCCAACAUCGAGGAGGUCCUGCAGCGAGGAGAGGCGCUCUCAGGUGACUGGCGUCUUGAUGUAAUGAAACAACAGGGCGGCGGCUUUACGUUUUACCGAGGGGUUCCCCUCCGCGCUGAUUUUGUUUCUAGCGGUGCCCGGUGCCACCCUUCACACGGCACCUGGCCUCACGUGCUUCGUGGUCCUGGCAAGUGAAGGUCCUUUUAGA